UCUUUGGAGUUGGAGUCGAAUUAUAUUCGAUAGUGAUUUGCAGUUAACUCUUAAAAAUGUUAAGAAUAAAUUGAUGUUUUGACGGGUAAAAUUACAAGAGUUUGUUGGUAAUUACAUCAGUGGUGUAGCGAUUAAAAGCUAAAAUGGCUUAUUACUGUAUUGAUGUUCAGAAGCAGUUGCAGUCUAUUUUGGAUACGUUGACAAAAGGUGCUGUGGCUGAGAUAGGUAAAUUUAUUGAAGAUGGUUCCGCUGUUCUGCGUUUGGAAAUUAUUCAUCGUCAGAAGGAGAACGAAACGCUGAAGAUGAAAUUGCAGGACACGGAGAGAGAGCUGGAGACUGCCCGUGAGCACAGAAGGAAAGCAGAAGAGUUUAAUGAUGUAUUUAGAAUGAGGUACUGUUUACCGACGGAGGAGGAAGACCGACGGUGUAUCCUGGUAGAACAAAGCAGUGAACUCCUCUCUGAAUCAGUCAUUAAGAAGGAAAGAGUGGAGGAUCAGGAGAACAGCCUUGGCAGUGAUUGGAGGGAGGACAUUUUAGGUAAUUUGGAAACUCUACCUAGAAAUCAGCCCAGCCUGCUCGCAACCCCAGGGGGGAUGGUGUUGGACGUGGAGCCCUUUAAACAGGAAGUGGGCAUGCGGCCUGUGUGGCCUGAGGAGACAGGGUCAGGAAUAGGCCCCUCCCACCAGGGGGGCCCCCUGAGGCCGUGCCCGGGGAGGGUGGGGCCCCUGACUCUGCAGAACUCCGCCAGAAAGCGCCAGAACUCCUUAGCAAGCGAGACUCUGGCAGGCCACUCACACGCCACAGAGAGACCGUUCCUCUGCUCCUACUGCGGGAAGAGCUUCUCCUGGAAAACAUCGCUGACGAGACACCUGCACAACCACGUGCAGGGGAGACCAUUCAGCUGCGCCACCUGUGGGAAGGGUUUCUCCAGAAAGUGCCAUCUGCAGAUUCACCAGAGGACUCACACUGGAGAGAGACCAUACCGCUGCAAAUACUGUGGGAAGGACUACAAGCAGGACAGUAAUCUUAUCAUUCACCUGAGGAGCCACACCGGAGAGAGACCGUACAGUUGUACUGAAUGUGGGAAGUGUUUCCAUCGUCUCGAUAUUCUUAAAACUCAUCAGAGGAUUCACACGCGGGUUCAAAAGUGUGUUUGACUCAGUUCCUCUGCUAAUUGCAUAUUGCAUUGAGGACAUAUUUUGUGAUUGACGGGUGGGUAAACUGUCUUGUUUUCAUAACAAAAACAAAUCUAUGUUGUCAUUUUGUUUCAAAAUAAAAACAAAUAUUUGCAAUCUCAAUAUCAGCAUUUAAGCAGUUGACUCCUAUUCUAGGUCAGGUUUGCCAGUCUCUAAUGUUGCUAUCAGUAUGAUCACCGUUCUAAAUGCUACCAAUAAUACAAUAUCAACUUGUAGUUGCUGAAGCUGAUAUGCACGAUGAAGAAAAUGUGUUUUAUAUCAAAUAUCUUAGUUACAUAAAUACUGAGCUAGCUAAACAGUUUGGUGUGGAUUCCUAUUCUACAAAUGAAGGUAUGAGAAUCUGAUGCUCUGAAUCCAUACUUGUUGUAUCAGGUCAUAAUCUGUUCUGUAUUGUACUUUGUGGACAUGAGCAUUAAUAAACUUUUGCCGUGAA